UUUGCCACUGGAAUGAGGCCAAAAGCACAAGCAUUACAGGGAUAUAAAGCAGGAGGUUACUGGAAAGAAUCUCAAACUAACGUGAGAUGAGACCAAAUUUUUGCAAAUAGCAGAAAAUGUGAUCUUUGCUUUUUGGAACUGAAAAAUCUCAGAAGAAAACUGGAGACUGACACAGAUCAGGGUCACUCCUCAACUGUGCACCCUUCUGAGGCACUGCUUUUGUGAGGUGGGAAUGAUGACAGGGGCAAAAAGGAAAAGAAGCACAGUCUGGAGGAAAAUCCAGGCUGUUCGCUUUGAAGAUAUCAAAGCCUGGUGUAUGAGAAGGCUGCCCAUCUUGAAAUGGGUGCCCGUCUACAACUGGAAAGAAAGUUUGGUUCCUGAUACAGUUUCUGGGAUGAUGCUAGCCAUUCAACAGGUGACUCAAGGGCUGGCCUUUGCUGCUCUGUCUUCAGUCCAUCCAGUUUUUGGUCUAUAUGGCUCUUUCUUCCCUGUCAUAGUUUAUGCCAUAUUUGGAAUGGGACGUCAUGUUGCAACAGGAACUUUUGCUUUAACUUCCUUAAUAUCUGCCAAUGCAGUUGAGCGUCUUGUUCCUUCAGUCACCACUAAUUUCACUGCAAACAAUAAUUCGGGAAUUUUGGGCUUAUCGGAGUUUGAAAUGCAAAGGAUUGGAGUUGCAGCAGCAGUUUCAUUUCUAGGAGGAAUCAUUCAGGUAGCAAUGUUUAUGCUGCAGUUGGGCAGAGCCACGUUCUUGUUAACAGAGCCAGUAAUAAGCGCGAUGACAACAGGAGCAGCUACACACGUUGUGACUUCACAAGUGAAGUAUCUGCUGGGAAUGAAAAUGCCAUAUAUAUCGGGACCACUGGGAUUUUUUCAUAUUUAUGCCUACGUAUUUGAGAAUAUCAGAUCAGUUCAGCUGGAGGCUUUACUUCUCUCCUUGCUGAGCAUUGUGGUGCUCGUUCUUGUUAAAGAACUGAACGAGAAAUUUCAGAGAGACAUUAAAGUUGUCCUUCCCAUCGAUCUACUUCUGAUAAUUGCUACAUCCAUUGCUUGCUACUAUGCUGAUAUGGAAUACGUCUAUGGCCUAGAAAUUGUGGGACAUAUUCCUAAAGGGUUGCCAUCACCGAAAAUGCCACCCAUGAAUGUCCUGCCUGAAGUAGUCACUGAAGCUUUUGGAGUAGCACUGGUUGGUUAUGUGGCCUCACUAGCUCUUGCUCAAGGCUCCGCUAAAAAGUUUAAAUACACUGUGGAUGACAACCAGGAAUUUUUGGCUCAUGGCCUCAGCAACGUGAUUCCUUCAUUUUUCUUUUGCAUACCAAGUGCUGCAGCGAUGGGACGGACCGCACUUUUGUACAGUACGGGCGCCAAAACACAGAUGGCUUGCCUUAUCUCUUGUGUACUAAUUCUUGUGGUGAUCUAUGCAAUCGGACCUCUGCUGUACUGGCUUCCUAUGUGUGUCUUAGCAAGCAUUAUUGUUGUGGGCUUGAAGGGGAUGCUAAUGCAGUUCUGUGACUUAAAAAAAUAUUGGAAUGUGGAUAAAAUAGACUGGAGCAUAUGGGUUAGUACCUACGUGUUUACAAUAUGCUUUGCUGCCAAUGUGGGACUGUUGUAUGGUGUUGUCUGCACUAUAGUAAUUGUGAUUUUCCGCUUUCCCAGAGCAAAGACGCUGAAUUUGAAAAAUGUGAAAGAAGUGGAAUAUAAAUACAAAGCAGAAGAUAAUUGUGAAUCAUUGAAACAGGUGAAAAUAAUUUCAGUCAACAAUCCAUUAGUCUUUCUGAAUGCCAGGAAAUUUCAUGCUGACCUGAUAAAGAUAAUCCAGAAGGAUAGCAUGAGCAGCCAGUGUGAGCAGAACACAUUGCUCUGUCCAUUUUCCAAUGGAAGUUGUCAUGGUGAAUCUGUGCAGUCAUGUCACAGUGAGAGAUGUGUUUUGAUAUUAGACUGCAGUGGACUGAAUUUCUUUGACUACACUGGAGUCUCAGUGCUUCUUCAGAUUUACAUGGACUGUAAGAACAGACACAUCAAUGUGUUGCUAGCACACUGCAAAGCUUCCUUGAUAAAAGCAAUGCAGUACGGUGGAUAUCUUGAAUCUGAAAAUCCUGUCUUUUUUGAAUCUAUUUCUUCAGCAAUUGAUGCCAUUCAAAUUCACAGGAAUUACAGCAAGUACAGUGAACAGAGUGAAGUGUGAUGCCCACUCACUGAGUAUGGCUAGUUUCAUCUGCUCAUAUUCAGAAUGAACUACACCAUGGUUUCUCCUUAGGUUUUUUUCACCAGUGGAUCUCAUAGAUGACCUUUUGUAUGCCAUAUAUAUUUAGUACAUUUAGUAAUGAUUGAUCUGCCAUUCAGAAAGAAAGUCUUUCAGCUGCUAUCACUCAGAGAAUGUUCAUGCAAUUGUUCUAUAGUGGUUUUAUAUAAUAUUUUUAUAUCUAGAUAAAAAUUACAUUUAGAUAAAAAUUAUUAAGAAGUAGACAUGAGGUACUGACUGUGUUUACCAAUGAGAUAUAUUCUUUUAGAUAUUUUUUAUCAUACCAUUAGUUGUAAUGUGCCUCUGUAGUUUUGUGUAUGAAAUAGAGACAUUUUGAAUUCUUAAAAGAGUAUGUUAUCAUUGAUAGAGUAUACGCAGGGAGCCAUAUACCAAUGCAUACUGUUUCUAAUGUCUUUACUUCCCCUUCCUUCUGUUCAAGACAGCCAUUUGCUGUGACAGCAUCAUAUCACAGCUAUCAUAUGCUUCCAUUUUUCAUUCUUGUCUUCGUAUACUUUUUAAUGCCUGCCCAGGUCCAUGGGAAAACUGUGUACAGAGAAGGCAGUUGCAUGUUGAUUAAGUGUCCCUUAGAUUGUCCCCCUCCUCUAGUAGUUGUCAUGAGUUAUAAGUUGCUACAUUUUCAAAGCCACAGGUGUUCUUUAGCUCAGACUGAAGAGGAAAAACUUUUUCUUGUUUCCAGCAUAGAAUAGUCUUUAUUUCCAGUUUGAGCUGUGAUUUGUUUGGUAUUGAAAUCUUCAGCUUUGGCAGCUGAGAGAUGACAGUGCAGACACAUAAAGUGUGUGCCACAUUUCAGCCCUAAUCCUGAUUAGGGAUGUGCAGGACUGUGUGUGAACACACAAAGUAGAUGGAGGAAUUCACAGGUUGAGUAUUUGGUUUGUAUUUGUAGAUUGUCAGCAAUCAUACUAGAUUAUACUAUCACAUCAGUAUCAUGUUAUAUGGCAACACAUCGAGGCCUUCCGGUACCUGAAGGGAGCCUACAAGAAACAUGCGGAGUAUUUACAAAAGCAUGUAAUGACAGAAGGGGGAAUGGCUUCAAAUUAAAAGAGAGUAAGUUUAGCUGAGAUAUUAGAAAAAAAUUCUUUACUGUGAAGGUGGAGAGACACUGGAACAGGUUGCCCAGAGAAGCUGGGAAUGUCCUAGGCCUGGAAGUGUUCAAGGGAAGGUUGGAUGGAGCUGUUAGCAAUUUGUUCUAGUGAAAGGUGUCCCUGGCCAUGGCAAGGUGUUGUAACUAGAUGAUCUGUAAGCUCCCUUCCAACCCAACCAUUCUAUGAUUCUACAUACAACUUUUUUGCUCUUGCCUUUGUUGCCAUAUGUGAACACCAGCAAUAAAAUGCGAGCUGAACAAAAAGGAAUCCAAAAAUGAGAAAGGAUGAGGUAGUAGGAUUUUUUUUCUCACUGACUUAAAAAAUCUAUUAAAGCUAACUGCCCUAAUGGCCAUCUUAGCACUACAGAGAGGAGGGAAGUACAAGAGUGCUUUGUGCAGCUGGAGUCUAGAGGAAAAAUCUAGUGCUGUGUUCUGUUUUCAGCAGCAGUUACACAUGUAUGCUUGUCUGGGCCAUCCUUGCUCUGUCUGCCCAAAGCUGCUGCGUGAAGGAGAUGAGGUGGCUCGUGGAGUGACUUUCAUGUCCCUGCAUAUAGUUGUGUUAAGACAUUGAUAAGCUUUUCUUCUAGUCUUGAUAAUUACACACACUGCUAGAUGACAAUGGGAGAGAGCCAUGGGGUUUUUUGCCUUUUCAGUUAUGAGUAACUCUUGGAGUUAUUUCCCACUUUAUCUCACAGAUGACCAGAAACGUUCUGUACAUAUUCUUCUGAAACUGCUUUCAUAAUUACUGUGGAAAAGGUUGAUAAAUAACUGUGAGAAGCUCAUUAUACACAGAAGAAAUAAAUUCCGUAUAUUGUCCCAAGUGCAUUAAUUUCAGAUGCUGUAGUUGAUUGCAAAUGACUCAUUACAUCAUUGGACUCAGUAACAGGCUAUAACAUUUGAUUAAUAAUUUCCUCAAACAGUUUUAGUAAUUUAUUAACACUUUAGAAACUAUUUACAAUGUACUUUAAUUGUAGAAGCAUCAAUUUUAUGUCAUGGCUGAAUGGAGAUUUCUACUUAACUGCAAACUGAAUAAAUGAAUAAAUGGUAUCUUUUCUACUAAGUUCAGCAUUUAUUCUUUGGUGGGUAAAUGUUUUUUUCUGAAGAUGUACAGAUAAGUUGAUUAAUGAAAUUGUUACAAAUAGGGUCUUUAGCAAAGAUAACAUCUACCAGGAGACUUUCAGUUUUGUUCUGAAUGAUCUUUUAAAUGGAAAAACACAGAUACUUUUAAAAUUCCUUGUAGUGUUAGCCCUUGAUGAAACCCUCUGCAUCAAAUGAUCAAUUUUGUAGUGCUUAUCAAAAUUACUUCCAAUUUCUACUGCUUUCAAUAGGAAUAAAUUUUCCACAGUUAAAUGGCUGUUUUGGGAUGGACAUUUAUCUCCCAUUAGCUCAAAGAUCUUCUGUGUUGAGUUUAGGCCUUGUAAAACUGCUCCAUAGAACCCUGAGCAGCCAGUGGCGGAGGAUCAUUUCUCUUUUGCUAUUGACCUUGAAGGGCAAAUUACUUCACUACUGAUACAGUUUCCAUUUCUCCACAACCCACCCCUCUGAAAUCUUGAAGUUUACUGAAACUGUGCUUGCACAUGGCCUGUCUUCAAACCACCAGGAUGAGAUGCCAUCAGACCUCAUGCACCUCAUGGACUGCCAGAUCACCAGUUGCUCUGCUGGUGGGAUGGGAGUUGCUUCGUGUCCUCCCUGAGUUGCUCUCUGCAAAUCUCCGGUGAUGGUGUAUUUGUGCCACUGAGUCAACCGACAAACAACUGCUUAAUUCUUUGGUGAAGAUUUAAGGAAACACCCUAAACCCUCUAGGUUAAGUUUUGGAGGCAAUUUCAACUAUCACUUUAAACCGUUCCCUCAAUGGUUCUUUGUACAGACUGUCCACUAGCUUCCCUCUGGCUCUCAGGAAAAAUUAUUAUGUGAAUAUAUAGAAACCAAACCCAAAACAUCACAAUUAGCUUCACUAGAGCAGAAUGGAAUGGAAUGAAAUAGAAUAGAGUAACAUUUGAAAGAAACCAACAGUGAUCAUCUAGUCCAACUGCCAUUAUUAUAAAAUGAUAGAAUGUUAUAAAUAGAAUAUACCAUAUUUAUUCUUCUGAUCCAGAAGGGUGAAAUGAGCCAAACUCACCCUGUAGGAUAGAGCCUACUAUCCACAUGGAGGGGAAUUAAAGUCAAUAAAAUAAGGAGUUUAGUUAUUGUACCCUCCUGAGGCAGACACUGAUCUUUGUACCUUCAGCUUUAUUUACUUGAACAUCCUUAGGGAGUUUUCAGAAUAAUGCGAAGUUUUAUUAACUGUGCUUACGUAUGUGAGCUUAUGCAGUGUUAGCAAUAAGAGCAAAGUGUGGAGGUCUCACUGCUCUUACUGAUUUCUAAAGGUGCAAGAGAUAGACUGCAUAUGCCAGCAGAGGCUCAAUGAAGUCUCUCAUUUACAAACAAGUUUUAACUAAUGAAACCAGUGAACUACCAGUGAACUACUCUGAGUAGUAAGCAAGUCUGAAAACCUAACCAUUCACUUUGAUUCCCGUAUGUAUACUUAUACCUAUAUGCUCAGGUUUUACAUUUCUAAAUUCAAAAUGUAUCAAUCACCUAGCUUAUGGAAAUCAAUGCUUCAAUAUUCUGCAUUUCAUAGGAACUUUAAUAUAAGAUUGCUUUCCAGAGACAGCUUGAUGUGUUUAGGAAUUUUUAGCUAUUUUUAGGAAUUAAUCUACAUUUUAAAUAGUACCUCAGGUUAAUGGGAAGUUUUCCACAAUAUUUAAGUUUUGCUAAUCAGAAUAUAUUAAAAUGGGGAUCUAAUCAGAUGCUUCUUACAGAAUUUGUGUUUCACACAUUCCAAAACAAAGUGAGCAAUGAGGAAAAAAAUAGAGUGCAAACUGAUGUUAAGAAAUGAAUAUAGUGGCAAUUAAAAAUUUAAAAAAAUUAGGCAUAAAAUAUGUAAUAAGGAAAAGACUGUUAACAUUAUAUUUAUGCAAAUUAAAUGCUUCUAAUUCUCAUCAUAUGUCUUUCAUUUUAAAGGUUAUUUGCCCUGAUUCUAUGAUUCAAGUGUCACAAGGUCUGGCUGUAGCUGCUUUGACAUAAUUUAUUUGACAGCUCUGUGUGUCAUAAAUAUAUAAUGUAACAAGGAAAAGUAUCUUCACUGUUGAAUGAAAACAUUAAUGCGUCAAUACCGGGUUUGAAUACUGUUUGACAUUU